AUGUUGUAUGACUGGUCAUUAACUAGUAUCAAUACACCAUUAGCUCUCCAGAUUGAAUUUAAUGAUGAUUCAGAAGCUAGAGCAUGUGAAAUAGCUGUUUAUGCAUUAUCGUUCGACCCAGAGGUUCGGGUAAAAUUUAUUGUAUUAUUUUUAAUCACAUCAAGUGGGAUAAAGAAACAACAGUAUUUUGAUUCAAGCCCGAUUUGUUCGUCUGGAGAUAAACUGUAUGAUGUAUUUGUACCGUAUUGUGAAGCUAUUGAUAUUAAUCAUAUUUUUAUUUGUAUGACUACACGUCAAUUAUUAUCUACGUGUAAAUAUUCAUCUACAAUAGUUAUUGGUUUUGAUCCUCAUUUCCAUCCAUUAGGAUUACGUUUAAUAUCAACGGAUGAAACAGCAGAUACAUUUAAAACAUUUCGUGUAGUAAAUGUCAUUCAACAACCAUAUGAUAAUACUCAUGUUACGGCUGAUGGUGCUGCUGGUAUUACUAGUGCCAUGUGUGAAUUACUACAAUUCGUAAGAGUCGUGAAUAUAGAAAACUGGUAUCAGGUUUU